GGAGCCUCUGGAAGUAGCAGCUGUGGGUCCCAGGUCCGCAAGGGCCAGUGUUUUCUAUUAUGAAUCUUGGAAAGAAGAAAGAAGAAAAUCCUUUUGUAGAUAUCUUUAAUGAAGAUGAAGCGGAAAGAAACUUUUUGUUGUCCAAACCUACUUGCUUUAUUAUAUUUGGAAAACCAGGGACUGGGAAGACAACAUUAGCCCGGAGCAUAGCACAGGCAUGGCGAUGUAUUCGUGUUGAAGCUUUAUCGGUUUUGGAAGAACACAUUGCUACUGAGACUGAAACUGGAACUAUGUUGCAGUCACUACUGGUGAGUGGUCAUAGCAUCCCAGAUGAACUUGUCACGAAGCUGAUCCUGGAAAAGCUCAAGUCUUCAGAAGUCUCUCACUUUGGUUACAUCAUCACUGAAAUACCAUCACUCUCACAGGAGACCAUGACCUUUUUGAAGCAAAUAGAAUGUAUUAAAAAUUUAGAAUUGCAACCAGAUGUCAUAAUCAAUAUUAAGUGUGCUGACUAUGACUUAUGCAAAAGGAUCUCUGGGCAAAGACAGCACAGUUCUACAGGAUACAUAUAUAGUAGGGAGCAGUGGGACCCCGAGAUCAUUGAGAGUCGCCGGAAACGGAAGAAGGACAUACCCAAAGAUGGAAAAGCUGAAGAAGAAGAAGAGGAAGAAGAACAAGAAGAAGAGGAGGCAUAUAUGGCUGAAAUGCAGAUGGUGACUGAAAUUCUUCAUUACCUGGUCCAGCGGCCUGAGGAUUAUUUGGAGAACAUUGAAAAUGCUGUGAAGCUUUACAAGGAAACACUUCUUAAAGCUUUAGAGGAGGUAAUGGCUGAGCAUAAUCCCCAGUAUCUCAUUGAGCUGGAUGGGAAUAAGUCCCCAGAGGAGCUCUUCUUGACAGUUAUAGACCGCCUGAAAUACUUGAAUCUAAGAAGAGCUGCCAUUGUCACCAAGCUGCAGAGUACAGAAGAAGAAAUAAAUGACAUAAUAGACACCGAAGAGCUGUUCCGUACACUCUCAGCUUAUAAACUCAUUGCACCACGGUACAGAUGGCAUCGAAGCAGGUGGGCACGUUCUUGUCCCAUAUCCUUAAAGGAUGGGAACAUUUAUUCGGGAUCAGUGGAUUGUGCUGUGAGUUUUCUAGGUAAAAUGUACUGCCUUUCUUCUGAAGAAACAUUAAAGUUAUUCUUACUGAACCCCCGCCCCUGCCUUCUACCACCUAUGCCAAUUCCACCGUGUAAAAUCUUUAUAUUUGGGCCCAGAACCUCAGGGAGAACAACGCUGGGCACUCUGCUUGCAGAAUACUUCAAAGGAAGGGUGAUUGACUAUGCUAAACUUAUUCAGCCACGUUUUGAUGACGCCCGUGAAAAACUGAUUAGAGACACCGUAACUGAGGCCACCAAUACAGCUAUCAAAACUGUGAAAGACAGGAUGCUGCUGCUGGAGAUGCAAACGAGGGAGCAAGAGGAGAAGAACUUAAAGGAAUCGCAAGUGCAGUAUGUAAAAAAGGAAUCUGAAGAUUUCGUGGAUUAUAAAAUGUUUAAAAGCUCUGAUGAAUUACAGUCUUUGACGGAUGAUGACGGCUCCCAGAAAUUUGUCUCCUCAGACACUGCCGAUGAAGAAAAAACUAAGUCGGAGGACACCGUUACUGAGGACACCGAUAAAGACGUCUCCAUAGAAGAUUCCGUAGGAGAGGUGAAUGAGAACCACCCUGAGGUACUUCUCUUGAUGGAGGACACGCUGAGACACGCCAAGGAGUUGAACUUUGAGCAGCCAUAUGAGAAGCAUGCUGAGCUUCUAGAUGAAGUCAUCAAAGAGAUAACAGAAGAUAACAAGAACAGGUUUCCUGGUGCCCCAAAACAAGGAGGAUGGAUUGUGGACAACUGCCCUAUUUUAAGAGAUCUGUGGAUGGCCUUCAUUGAAAAAGGAAUUGUGCCUGAUUUGGUUAUCUCUUUAACAGAUGGAGAAAACAAUGGGAAAUGUUUUUUAAAUAGGAUGUAUUUAAGGGAUAAGACUGAAAUUGAUGCUAAGAUUUUAGGAAGAUUGCUAAAUGAAUUUCAAAUGAGUAAAAAGGAAGAAGAGGAAAUUCGCCAAGCCAAAGAAGAGCAAAUGAGACUAGAAGAAGAAAAGCAGAGGAUGAUAGAAGCUGAGGCCAAGAAAGAAAAAGAUGUUGAGGAGCCUGAUAAUGAAGCUGAUGAGGAGGUUGAUGGUGAAGAUCUUGAAGCCCAUGAAGAGGCCGAGGCACCCGAGAUGCAAGAGUACACCCGAGGGUCCUUGUUACCUGAGGGGUCUGAAGCAUCCGAGGUCCCAGAAGCAGAGCAUGAACCAGAAACUGUCCCUGAACCUCCUGAGGAAACUGCAGUUGAAGCAGAAAUCCAAAAGGAAUACAAAGAGGUCCCGGAAUCUGAAGAAGUUUUGAAAGUUACACUGCCGGAGUUCCCAGAGGAUGCUUACCCCAAUGUUCCUGAGAUGGAGCCACUGAAAGAAGAGCUGAAUAAUUACAGCCUCAUGUGGAAGAAUCUGGAGCAGAUGAUUGCUGACAACUUGAUUCAAAUAUUAACAUUGGAUAUUUCCAACAAAACACCAAAGGAAUUGCUUCAAAAAGUAGUUGAGACGAUGAAAAAACCUUUUCAGUAUACUGCAUGGGAACUAGUUGCUGAAGAUUAUGAUGAAGAAGCAGAAGACUUUCAGGCCGAGACAGAAGUGGACGAGGAGCAGGAGGAAGAGGAGGAGGAGGAGGAGGAGGGUGAAGAAAAGAUGAGAGAAAAAAAGAGGCACCUGGGAGACACAAAGCACUUCUGCCCAGUAGUUCUCAAAGAAAACUUCAUCCUCCAGCCAGGCAACUUGGAAGAGGCUGUGAAGUACCGAGAAAAUAUAUACUACUUUUCAACCCCUGAGGCCAAGGAAAAGUUCUUGGAGCAUCCUGAGGAGUAUGUGGCCCAGGACGAACCAUUAAAGGCUCCUCCACUCAGGAUAUGUCUUCUGGGUCCCCGUGGCUCUGGCAAAACUAUAUGUGGAAGAAAGUUGGCAGAAAGCUUUGGUGUUUUUCACAUUCAAUUUGAUGAAUUUCUGCAAGAAAAAAUGAUGCUCAAGGCUGAAAGGAAAUACGGGCCUGAGUUUGAGGAUGAUUCCGAAGAGGAGCAAGCAACAAAGCAAGAACUUGAAGAGCUUGCAGUUCAGGCGAACGUGAAGAUUGAAGAAGAAAGCAUAAAGAAGCAGCUUCCAGAUGUGCAACUCACAGAAGAGGAAGAAGCAAUCAAGCUGAGUCUAAUGGAGAACGAGGCCCUGCCUUCAGAAAUUCUAGACUCCAUACUUUCCGAGUGGUGGCUUAAAGAACCAAUACGAUCUACUGGCUUCAUACUGGACGGUUUCCCGAGGUACCCUGACGAGGCCCAGUUUCUAGGAGAGCGGGGCUUUUUCCCAGAUGCUGUCGUUAUAAUACAAGUAGAAGAUCAAGAUAUCUUUGAUCGCCUCCUUCCUGCACAAAUUCAGAAGUGGAAACUCAAACAGCACAAGAAAUCAGAAAGGAAAAAGCUCAUCAAAGACUUGAAGACAAAAAUCAGGGAGGAUAUGAUUGCUAAAAGAAGAGCUGAACUUAUUUCAGAGAGAGACAGAAAAAGGAGAGAGGAAAGUGCUUUCCGAGAAGAUGACGACUUUAGUGACGAAGAUGCUGAUGAAGAGGAGGAUAUUGAAAACAUCCUUGAAGAGGAGUUUCCAAAAGAUGAGGAAGAGAUGAAUGAGGAAGAUGAGGAACAGGAAGGAGAAGCAACUGAGCGUCUGCGAAGCGAACUGGGAGAAAAAUUCGAAUCCGAUACAAGUAACCUACAAAUAAUACAGGAAGAAUUCGAGAAGUAUCUGAUACCAAUAAUUACAGUUAACGGAACUAGGAAAAUUCACAUUGUACAAUAUAUGUUGAAUUUGAAAUUGAAGCCACUAGUGGAAAAUCGGGCAAGCAUUUUUGAAAAGUGUUAUCCGGUGACGGCACGCCUUGCUCAUAAAAUGCUGGCUUUUACCUACAAAUAUAUAAGCUCAUUUGGCUACUGGGACCCUGUAAAGCUAAUGGAAGGAGAGACAAUCAAGCCUGUGGAGAAUGCAGAGAAUCCUCUUUUCGCUGUAAUCCAUCGUCAGUAUAUUUAUUUUUUAUCUAGUAAACAAACCAAAGAAAAAUUUAUGAUGAACCCAAUCAAAUAUAUCCGGCAACCCAAGCCCAAAGCUACUAUGCCUGUGAGGAUUAUGAUAGUGGGGCCUCCCAAGUCAGGGAAAACUACAGUUGCCAAAAAGCUUGCAAGUGAAUAUGGCUUAAAACGCUUGUCCAUAGGAGAUGCGUUGCGCAGCAUAUUAAGCAAUCACCCAGAAACGGAGCUGUCACUCAUGAUAAAUUGGCACCUUCACAAAGGAAUGACAGUGCCUGACACUCUUGCUCUUCAGGCUUUAGAUAUUUCCCUCAUGGAAAGUGUGUGCAAUACCAUAGGUGUGGUCAUUGAUGGCUACCCUAUGACCACAAACCAGAAGAAUCUCUUGGAGGACAGGUCGAUCAUUCCCAUGAUCAUCUUUGAGUUGGAUGUGCCGUCCAAGGAGAUUUUCAAAAGGUUGCUCUUAGAAAAGAAGACCGAGCAAAGUACGCCUUUUCCACUGCACAACAGCUCACAGAUUAUAGCCUAUAAGAAUUCCAAGUACCAUAAAAAUGUCAGUGAGAUCAGGCAAUUUUAUCAAGAACAGCAUCAAAACUGGCACGUGAUUAAUGGAUUUCACAGCAAGUGGUGGGUAUGGAAUGAAGUCAUUAAAGACAUCCAACAGAUGAAUAAGUACAUACAGAUAUACAUGGAAAGAAUAAAGGAAGGGAAGGCUGCUUGCAUUGACAAAUUAUGUAUCACACCGGAAGAGCUGAUUUCUCGCCUGGGAGAGUUUGGCCAGUUCUGCCCUGUCAGCCUAGCAGAAUCUUAUGAAUUGAUUGAUUGUUCUGUAACUAAAAGCUUGGAAUUUGCCGCAGAGUUCAGGGGACACUAUUAUAAAAUGGGUUCUCAGGAAAAGCUAAAUAAAUUUCUGAUGAACCCGGAAUUGUAUGUGCCUCCCUUGGCCCCUUAUCCACUCCCAUCUACUGACAUGCUCCCCAAAAGGCUGACCCUGUCAGAGCUGAAGAGCCGAUUUCCUAAGUGUGCUGAGCUCCAAGGCUACUGCCCAGUGACUUACCAGGACGGAAAACAAAGAUAUGAAGCCCUGGUGCCUGGUAACAUUCAAUAUGCUGUAGAGUAUCGUGAGAGGAUAUAUAUUUGUGAGAGUGAGGAAAAACUCCAGAAAUUUUUGAGGAUGCCGAUGCAAUACUGGGACCAGAACCUUCCAUGCAAACUUCCCCCACCAAAGGAAACCAUCUACCUUACCAGUCUCCCUUUGCCUGGAUAUCUGGAACAGGGUACAGCAACUUCCCUAAUCAAAGCGAUGAAUGCAGCAGGAUGCCUGAAGCCCAAGUUCCCCUUCUUAAGUGUGAGGCGAUCUGUACUCCUCUAUAUAGCGUUUCAUCUCAAAGCAUUUAACCCCAAAGGUUCUGAAUAUUCAAGAAAAAAAUACAAGAAGAAGAUGGAGACGUUUGUGGAGAGAUGUGAACUCAUAACAUACCUCAGUUCCAAGAUGACCCGGAAGUACAAGGAGCCUCAGUUUAGAGCCAUCGACUUCGAUCAUAAGCUACAGGCCUUUUUCUCCCUGAGAAACAUUGACCCAAUUACUGGAUAACUUGCUUAGGUUACCAAGACCCAAAUUCCAAAAGUCUUCUCCAAGGGAUAGAGGGCUCUAAAGGAGCUGACUUCAAAUACUGAAUUUCCUGAAGUCUAUUUCCGUCUUGCCUGAUGUUACAUGGCUACCAGGCCUCAGACGGACUCAAAGCUUAUCAGCCAGGAAGGCUCACCCUCUGAGUACCUAAGUGUUAAUACAGUUUUCAAGUUUAGUGCCCUUUCCUGAAUUUUGAUGCUUCCACAAAAUGGGCAUUUCAUUUGAGAUAUUA